GGAGACAGGGACGGAUGAAGGCCAGGAGAGGGAGGCCAGAGAGGAGAGUCAAGAGGCAGCAAGCAUCACUUUGUUCCGUGACCAACACCAGCAUGGGCUCCUUCUCCACCGCCACUGUGGGCGUCCUCCUCUUCCUGGCAUUUCAGCUGCCGGGUGUAUCGGAUGCGAACCCUGUGUCCAGUGCAGACCUGAUGGAUUUUAAGAAUUUGCUGGACCAUUUGGAGGACAAGAUGCCUUUGGAAGAUGAGGUUGUGCCCCCACAAGUUCUGAAUGAGCAGAAUGAGGAAGCCGGGGCGGCUCUCAGCCCCCUCCCUGAGUUCCCUCCCUGGACUGGGGAGGUCAGCCCAGCCCAGAGAGAUGGGGGUGCCCUGGGGCGGGGCCCCUGGGACUCCGCCGAUAGGUCUGCUCUCCUGAAAAGCAAGCUGAGGGCACUGCUCGCCGCUCCCCGGAGCCUGAGGAGGUCCAGCUGCUUUGGGGGCAGGAUGGAUAGGAUUGGAGCCCAGAGUGGACUGGGCUGCAACAGCUUCCGGUACCGAAGAUAACAGCCAGGGAAGAAAAGGCAGACCAGGCCCGGGCAGCGACCCAUCCCCUGGGCUUUCUCAUACAACUUUGUCUCAUCUUGCCAUCAAGCUGAGGUGUGAUAAGCAUCCUAUUCAAGCUGCAGCUUCCUGUCAACAUCUCUCAUACUUUAUGCUAAAUGUAGAUACUGGUGGUUUAAUUCCCGGUCUCUCCUACCCCAUGCAUUCAAAUUUAGGGUAGACCCUCACUUGUUACUGAAAACGGCUUGAAAAAAAAAAAAAAAAAAAUGAAUAAACUUCAGCACCAUGGACAGAA